AUGAUUAUUUUAAACGACAAAAAUUCUGAUAAUUCAUUUAAAAAUAAUUCAAAUAUUGGACAACGUUUAAAUGUUGAUUUAUCUGAACGAACAUUUUGUGCUAAAUAUUUGACUAGUGAAAAGUUAUUUCCUUUCCAAAUGUCCGAUUCACAAUUUCGACGUUAUUUUCUUCUUCAAUUUUUAAUUAUUAGCAAUUAUUUGGCUUCUAGAACGAGACCAAAAGAGUUUGGAAUUUUAGCUCUAGAAUUGAAUUCAACUCAAGAAGAAACUUUACAAGGUUUAAUGGAUAAAUGUUACAAUCUUUUGAGGGAGACUUAUCCAAAUGGAUCUCGUUUUGCUUCUUCUGUUAAGAAAUUAUUACUUCGAGAAAAGCAAUGGUGUUCUUGGAAAGCUGAUGGUUUUCCAGAUUUAUUUAAUAACAGCAACAUACAAUCUUCCUCCUCUUGUGAUGAUAUUAAAUUUGAAAGAAAACAAAUUUCUACACGUUAUGUCGCUAAUUCUAUUGAUCUUGGAAAUUCAGAAUUAACACGUUUAUGGACAAUAGAAAAGGAUAAUUUAACUGCUUGCAAAAAUGUUAAACGUAAUUGUAUUCCAAAUUUGAAAAGUUUUUUGGAAGAAGCAUUGGAUGAAUUGGAUCCAGAACAACAAGUAGAAGAAAAAUAUCAAUCUGUAAAUGAUGAACAUUAUCAAUGGAUGGCUAGUAGAUUUUUAUUAAUGAAUAGUGAUCAACAUAUAGUUUGUUGUUUUUAA